CAGAAAUUAUGUGACUUUCGGCAAAUCACCAUCAUAGAUCUUCAUAAAAAUAUAUUGAUUUUGUAAUCGUAACUAUUUCUAAAUUAAUAUUUCCGAUAGUGUUGUACAACCCGUGUUUGUGACAAUGUGCUUAUGCUUUAAAUAAAUAUUAACUAUUUUUCCACGGCAAUAAUCUAAAUAAAUGGAAACGCGACAUCCCGCUAAAAAGGCCAAGCGAGUCCAGUCAUGGUAUCUAUACGAGCAAUACAAAUCACUGGAGAAAAACCAAAUUGACGGAGCACAAGUGUUGAGAGAUAGAACAUGUCAAGAGAAGAUAUUGUACAAGGAGUUGGAGGAGCGACGCGCGCGGCGGCAUUAUUGCAACCAGCUGGGGUCCUGCCAGAGCGAGGGUCGCAUGCAGAGCUGCAUCGGCAGCGAAGCGGGCACCCUCACUAGUGUCAGCACAGACGACUUCAUAGACAAUUUCUGCGGCUUUCAAGAAUCAGACGAGACCAUCGUAAAUUCAGAUCAAACAUACGAUGUCGCUUACGAACGAACCAAAUAUAACGCGGAAGAACCCUCCAAAACUUUAGAGAAAGAAAUCGAGACCAAUUCAGACCUUCCUACAGAGUUGAAGGUGGUUAAGCAAAAUAUCGAAGACAGUGUUAAUAUGCAACUUGAAACUAUGAAAGAAAAUAUUCAGAGUUUAGAGAAAUAUGCUAAACAGUCUUUUGUAGAUAAAACCGAGAAGCCAAUAGUGAAAUCUCUGAAACAUUGCACCAUUUACAAAACGGCGGAGUAUGACAAUAGUUUGUUGGCGAUAUGGUCUGGUUUGGUCUCUUUUGCUUAUCAAGUAAUGCGGCUGAAUCGUGGCAAUUGUUACUACGACUGCAGCACUCAACUUCUGACCGCUGUGUUGCUUUGCGACAUUCUAUGGAAGGGGGUAAAUAAAAUGUUCUUGGGGCUAUUUCAGCAUGAUCCGCAGCACAAGCAACGUAUCCAAACAAGAAUUUCUUUGUGGAAAUCCAUUUCGAAAUUACAGGCGCCCUACGUUUCGCCUAUUAAAUUUGAAAAUUACGAACUCGACAUCGGCAACAAUAAUUACAGAAAGAGACAUUACACUCCCUCACAUGUAUCUAAAGGAACACAAAGAUCAAGCAUUACAAAGGAACACAUAAAAUUGAUAAACAGUGGACGACGGAAUAGAAGAAAUGUAAGAAAUAAAAUAAUAGAUGAUGGCCAUGCUUGUAAUUGUUUAAGAAGCGUUGAAACGUUUUCUCCCAGAAUACGGAUGUUCAACAGUUCGACGACAAACAGAUGGCUCGAGGAGAGCAAUCUACCAAAGCGUUCGUGUAGUCAAAAUUGUAGUUGUCGUAAAGUGAAGAAAGUUGUUAAUCCUAUGAUCAAAUUGUCUCGAUAUAUAGACAGCGUGUUAAAAGAUCUUGAAGAGUAAAAAAAUGUUUUGUUGUUAAUAAAUAUAUACCACCCCAA